GGAUAUUUUUACACCCUCCGUUUUGGUUACCUUUCCUUGUGAAGAGAAAGCACACAAGAAAAUCCGGAGGGGAUGAAUUUUCGCUAUAAAAUCGAUCCCUUCCCUCAUCCUUGAAACAGUUCACGUUUUGCUCUUCGCCAAGAAGCAUACCUUACUUCGUGCCUUACUUUUGCUAAUCGAUCAAGUAUACAAAAUGUCGCGAUCGUUUUUAGUGGAUUCGCUGAUCAGCGAUAAAUCAACUCCAGUGAAAAGUAAUCCGUUCGACUACAGUCAGUUUACUCAGCUACCAGUGACUCCGCCGGCGACUUUACCUUACUCCGCGUGCUACGUAGGAAGUUAUCUGUUCUCACUUGGAUUACAACAGCAGCAGCAGCAACAACAACAGAUGCAUUUGCCUCAUCCUCAUUAUCUGCCGCCAGCACACAACCUUUCGCUGGAUUUGUCGCCUAAGCUGUAUCAGCCAACCGACGUUCAACCGCCAAGGCUUUCACCCAAAGAGGAAUACUACCGCAAGUUGUACCGAUGCGAGAAGACUCCCGAACGUUUCUCGCCUUAUCCUUCAUCUCCACUGAAUACCGCCAAACACCCCACCGUGAAAACGUCAACUCCAUCGCCAACUCCCGUGGAUACUCUGGCCUUCGCAAUCGACGAUGAGCUCUCCAGCAAACGGAUCCGUACGGCCUUCACAAGCACCCAACUUUUGGAGCUUGAACGUGAGUUCUCCAGCAACAUGUACCUCACAAGACUGCGCCGGAUCGAGAUCGCCACUCGCCUUCGUUUGUCCGAGAAGCAGGUCAAAAUCUGGUUCCAGAACCGACGGGUGAAGCGCAAGAAGGGCGAUGCUCCCAUCUGUCCGAGUAUGGCUCCUGCCGACGGGUCUUCGCCUAGCCGAUCGCAGCAGCAGAACGCCCAAAAGUGCUGCUGCCAUGGAUCUUCUUGUGGAGGUGGAUCGGACAGUGAAGACGUGAACGUUGAAAGCGACUGCCAGCCGGAGGUUGAUCGGAAGCCAUCAAUUGAACAAGUGCAGUUACUUCAGCAGCAUGCGUGGGAUUUUAGUAAAGGUUUCCAUUAGAGGACGAAAAAGGGAAGGGUUUUGGGUUUCCCAGUGAUUUGUAGAUAUGUUGUACAAUCAAAAUGUGAAUGUAAAUAGAUCAUUAUCGUGCUAAAACUUUGAAGACUUUGCUAGAAAACAUAUAUUGAAGGUUAUCCAUAAAAUAUUGUUCAUAUAUUGAAUGCGAAAAGAGGCUCAAAUAAAAAUUGUAU